UUACCUCCUUCCCUAGGGCUGCAGGGAGGUGGCGGUGGCUGGGCUCCUUUAAGGUCGGCCUAGUGGCUGGCCCCCGGGGGCACUGUCUCUUUAAAAGGCUGUAUCUUGUCCAGCAGCUGCUGGGGGGGAGGGGGGCGUCGAUGACCAUUGUUUCUGGCUGUGGUGGUUCUGCCCCCUCCCCUUCUCCUCCUUCUCCGCCCUUCCCCCUCCUCCCUCUUCCUCCUCUCCACCCCCCUCUCUCUCUCCCUCUCCCUGCCUCGCUCUCUCCCUCUCCCUCUCGGGCUCUGAGGCUGCGAGAGAGCGCGCGGCGUCAGAGACGCGGAGCUCUAUGUAGGCUCUUGCCCGCUGCAUUGGUGCACCCGCCUCCCGGGCACACGCACACCUACCUAGAUUUAAUUGGCAAUUAAACUAGUGGUGGGGGAAAGAAAAGAAAGGCAGGAGGACAAGAUGGCUGAGCUAGGCAGUAAGGGAGUGACCGCGGGGAAAAUAGCCAGCAACGUGCAGAAGAAACUCACCCGUGCUCAGGAAAAGGUCCUACAGAAAUUAGGGAAGGCAGAUGAGACUAAGGAUGAGCAGUUCGAGCAGUGUGUCCAGAACUUUAAUAAACAGCUGACGGAAGGGACCAGGCUGCAAAAGGAUCUCCGCACUUAUUUGGCGUCGGUCAAAGCAAUGCACGAAGCCUCUAAGAAGCUGACGGAGUGUCUGCAAGAAGUGUAUGAGCCAGACUGGCCCGGGAGAGAGGAGACCAACAAAAUAGCAGAAAACAACGAUCUAUUAUGGAUGGAUUAUCAUCAGAAACUGGUGGACCAGGCGCUUCUGACCAUGGAUACUUAUCUAGGACAGUUUCCGGACAUCAAAUCUCGAAUUGCUAAGCGUGGGAGGAAGUUGGUGGACUAUGAUAGUGCCCGCCACCAUUAUGAGUCUCUUCAGACCGCCAAAAAGAAGGAUGAAGCCAAAAUAGCCAAGCCUGUCUCGCUGCUUGAGAAAGCUGCUCCCCAGUGGUGCCAAGGGAAACUACAGGCUCAUCUCGUAGCUCAAACUAACCUGCUCCGAAAUCAGGCUGAGGAGGAGCUCAUCAAAGCUCAGAAGGUAUUUGAGGAGAUGAAUGUUGACUUGCAGGAAGAAUUACCAUCUCUGUGGAAUAGUCGUGUUGGUUUCUAUGUCAACACAUUCCAGAGCAUUGCUGGCCUGGAGGAGAACUUCCACAAGGAGAUGAGCAAGCUGAACCAAAACUUGAAUGAUGUGUUGGUGAGCCUGGAGAAACAACAUGGCAGCAACACAUUCACUGUCAAGGCCCAGCCAAGAAAGAAAACUAAACUGUUCUCCAGGCUUCGGAGAAAGAAGAGCAGCGACAAUGCCCCCACGAAAGGGAACAAGAGCCCCUCACCACCACCCGAUGGUUCCCCAGCUGGCACCCCUGAGAUCAAGGUCAACCAUGAGCCUGAACCAGCCAGCCUGGACACUCCUGGGGCUGCUAUCCCCAAGUCACCGUCUCAGCUUCGAAAAGGCCCACCAGUCCCACCGCCUCCCAAACACACUCCGUCCAAGGAAAUCAAGCAGGAGCACAUUAUCAGCUUGUUUGAUGACAAUUUUGUCCCCGAGAUCAGCGUGACCACCCCCUCACAGUUUGAUGCCCCUGGACCUUUCCAGGAAAAUGCCAGCCUCUUGGAUCUGGACUUUGAUCCCAUCCCACCAAUUGCAAGCCCUGUGAAGGCGCCUACGCCCUCUGGUCAGUCACUUCCAUGGGAUCUCUGGGAGGCUGCAGAGAGUCCAGCUGGCAGCCUGCAGUCUGUGGAGCAGGGCCCUGCUGAUAGCGCCAUCGGAGAGGGCGCAUUUCCCGUGGUCUGGCCCAGCCAGACCUCAGAGCCUGGGCCAGCCCAACCAGGAGAUGUGACAGAGGCUGGAGGGACGAAACCAGUGGCAGUAGCUGAAGGAGCCAAUGAGACGGCGGCAAGUGACGGGGCCUCUAGCUCCCUGCCUGCUGUGGUGGUCGAGACCUUCCCAGCCACUGUGAACGGAACUGUGGAGGGCAGUACUCCCUCUAAGAGGUCUGACUUGCCUCCAGGAUUCAUGUUCAAGGUCCAGGCGCAGCACGACUACACCGCCACCGACAGCGAUGAGCUGCAGCUGAAGGCGGGCGACGUGGUGCUGGUGAUUCCCUUCGAGAACCCGGAGGAGCAGGAUGAAGGCUGGCUGAUGGGUGUGAAGGAAAGUGACUGGCACCAGCAUAAGGAGCUGGAGAAAUGCCGAGGUGUUUUCCCUGAGAACUUCACGGAGAAAGUCCAGUGAGAGCUGGAGUCAUCAUUCUUCUUUCAAGGGGAGUGACGCCCCCUUCCCCCCCUCCAAAAAAAUUAUGUCUUUCUGGGCUUUUUUUUUUUUUUUUUUUUUUCUUUUUUCUUUUUUC